AUGAGCUUUAAACGUGACAAGAAGGAAGAAGAGGACAGUGGAGGCAAUCCUUAUCAAAACUUAGAUAAAACUAAUGUCUUACAAGAGGCUCGGUACUUCAACCAGACGCCUGUGAAUCCACGAAAAUGUUCCCUUAUUUUAACCAAAAUAUUAUAUUUGUUGAACCAGGCAGAAAAGUUUACUACUCAGGAAGCAACAGAGGCAUUCUUUGCGACCACAAAACUGUUUCAAUCAAAGGAUGUAAUGUUGAGACGAAUGGUGUACUUGUGCAUCAAAGAGUUGAGUACAUUAGCGCAAGAUGUCAUCAUAGUCACAUCUUCUUUGACUAAAGAUAUGACUGGGAAAGAGGAUUUGUAUCGUGCUGCUGCUAUACGAGCUCUAUGCAGUAUCACUGACAGUACUAUGCUGCAAGCGAUCGAGAGAUAUAUGAAACAAGCCAUUGUUGACAAAAACCCGGCUGUUAGCUCAGCUGCGUUGGUUUCAGCACUGCAUUUGUCUUCAACCGCACCGGAUUUAGUGCGCCGUUGGGCUAAUGAAGCUCAGGAAGCUAUUAGCUCUGACAAUGCCAUGGUUUCGUACCAUGCUUUAGGAGUGGUUGCUGGUUCCAGAAAGAAUGAUAAGCUAUCCACCGUCAAGCUUGUUACUCGUCUUGCUGGAUCUCCUCUGAAAUCACCGUAUGCUCUUUGUCAUUUGAUUCGUUUGGCUGCUCAACUCGUUGAAGAUGAUGAUUCAGAUGCUGCUAGACCGUACAUCGAGUUUAUCGAGUGCUGUCUAAGACACAAGUCUGAAAUGGUUAUCUAUGAAGCUGCUCAUGCAAUUGUGAACUUAAGGAAAACCACUAGGGAUCUGGCACCAGCUGUUUCUGUGCUACAAUUGUUCUGCGGUUCUUCAAAAGCUUCGUUAAGAUUAGCCGGCGCUAGAACACUUGCCAGGCUAACUGCUAAACAUCCUGCUGCAGUUGCAGCUUGUGCUGUUGACUUGGAAAAUUUGAUUUCUGAUCCUAAUCGAUCUGUGGCGACAUUAGCAGUUACCACUUUGCUAGCGACUGGAGCAGAAAGCUCGGUCGACAGGUUAAUGAAGCAGAUUUCUAGUUUUGUAUCUGAAAUCUCUGAUGAAUUUAAGAUUGUUGUUGUUCGUGCCAUCAGACGUCUAUGCACCAAAUUCCCCAGAAAGCAUCAGUCUUUAGCGGCAUUCUUGGCUGGUAUGUUACGUGAUGAAGGGGGUCUAGAGUACAAAGCAGCUAUUGCAGAUGCCAUUAUCGCAUUGGUGGAAGAAAACCCUGACGCCAAGGAAACUGGUUUGGCUCAUUUAUGUGAGUUCAUUGAAGACUGCGAGCAUACAGCUUUGGCUGUCAGAAUUCUGCAUCUGCUAGGUAGAGAGGGACCUAAAUCACGUCAACCUUCACGAUACAUUCGAUUCAUUUAUAACAGGGUCAUUCUGGAAUCAGGACCAGUGCGCGCGGCUGCUGUAGCUGCCGUAGCACAAUUUGGAGCUCAAAGACCAGAGCUUCUGCCAAAUAUCAGAGUACUUCUCGCUCGUUGUCAAUUAGACGAGGAAGACGAAGUUAGAGAUAGAGCCAUUUACUACAGCGCCAUUUUAGAUACCGGUGAUCCACAACUAAUUAAUGAUUACAUCGUAAAUGUUGCGAAACCAAACCCUGUGCUGCUUGAAAAGGCUCUCAGAGACCACCUAGCAACUACACCAGAAGAACCUUUCAAUGUCUUGACUGUGCCUGCAGAGGAAGAUGCUAAAGAAAGUAAGGAGGCUAUUGUCGAAAUUGAAGUGCGGAAACCAGUACAGAUGUCAAUAGAAGAGCUUUAUGCGGAGCAGCUGGCUAAAAUCCCUGGAAUUGAGCGACUUGGUCCAGUCUUCAAGACCACUCUGCCGAUCGAUUUGACUGAAGCCGAAACUGAAUACAGGGUCCGACUUCUAAAACAUGUGUAUGCCCGACAUGUUAUCUUACAAUUUGAGUGCGUAAACACUCUGAGUGAUCAACAGCUGGAGCAGGUUAAUGUGAAAUUGGAGGUGCCCGCAGAAUAUGAAAUAAAAUCAGUCAUACCUUGCCAGAAACUAGUUUAUGAUAAACCUGGAUCUGUGUUUGUAAUAGUCGAAUACCCAUGCGCUUUCCUCGAUAGCUUAGGUACUUUUGUACCAAGUUUAGAGUUCGUUGUUCGCGACUGUGACCCCACUACUGGAGUUCCAGACCCAGGAGAAGGUUACGCAGAUUCUUAUCCUCUAGAAGACUUCGAAAUGAGCUGUUCAGAUCAAAUUCGAGCAAGAGCUGGGUCAGACGACUGGGAACAAACUUGGGACAGAGCAGCUAGUGCGCCAGAAGCCAGUGACACUUUUGUCCUAUCUCAGAAUGAUAUUAAUGACGCUGCGAAGGCUGUGUGUGAACAUCUAGGCCUUCCCAAGGGUGCUAUUGUAGGGGAAGCAGUGAAGGAGAUUCGUGGUGGUGGUAUCUUUAGAGGUGGGGCCCCAGUGCUGGUUCGAGCGCGCCUAGCGGCCACUGGCGGUGGGGUCACAAUGAAAUUAGCUGCAAGGUCGCCAAGGGAAGAUGUUGCACAGCUGUUAUUGGCAGCUGUAGGCUAA